CCACGCCACGCGCGCGAAAAAGCGAGGGAGAAAAGAAAAGGAGAGCGAGCGCUUGCGUUGCAGGCGCGCGCGCCAAUCAUCUCCCGCUCCCUCUUAUCCUCCCCUCUCUUCCACCGCUUCUUCUUCCUCCAGUCCCCCCACAUUGCUUUCCUACCUUCUCUUCUUCUCUCCUCGGAUCUCGAGCUCGCCACGCGCCUGUUUCUUGUGCUGCGGUGAGCGGUGGUGAUGGCCGCCCUGCAGCUGCAGGCGCUGCGCGCGCCCGCCGCCGCCGCGGCGCCGCUCCGGUCGUCAUCGUUCUGCACGCCGCUGUCGCUGCCGGCGCCGGCGCCGCCGCGGCGCGGCGCCAGGGCGUCGACGGCGUCGGCGAGGAUCACGAUGCGCUUCGGCGUCGCGUCCAAGCAGGCCUACAUCUGCCGCGACUGCGGGUACAUCUACAGCGACAGGACCCCCUUCGACAAGCUUCCCGACAAGUACUUCUGCCCCGUUUGUGGAGCACCAAAGAGAAGGUUCAAGCCGUACGAGCCUAAGGUGGCCAAGAACGCCAACGCCACCGAUGCCCGCAAGGCUAGGAAGGAGCAGCUGAAAAAGGACGAAGCCGUCGGGCAAGCGUUGCCUAUCGGUAUCGCCGUCGGGAUACUUGCAUUGGCCGGCUUGUUCUUCUACUUGAACAGUGUCUACUAGAUGGAGAAACAUACGAGAUGAUCGAUCCACUGCAGUGGGGGAAAAGCAUCAAAGAGUUUUAAAUUUUGCCUUCUUUUCAAACGUGCUGUUAUAUGCUUCUAGGAAAUCCAUGGCAAGUUUCUGUAUCUUAGAGAAGAAACUACACUUUUUUAGGGGUGAAGAUAUCCAUCCCCUAUAUUAUUGACAACAAAUUGACUUCUCAUUGUGCCGCAUCGUCGGCAAAUUAAAGCCUGUUUGAUCAUCCUACGAUGAAAAGCACAACCUUGUGAUACCAAAAGAUGCAAACUCAAACUUGAAAGGAGGCCAAACUGCCUAUUUAGUAUUA